UCAAACACUUGCUGGCCAGCGUGAGCUUUGGACUGUUUCGAACAGCGCAGCAGAAUAGCCCCAACAUUGGACUCCCAGUCCAGGCGAUGACUACGACCAGACGACGCGCGACGUCAGCUCACGUUUUGAGUGAGGUGUGGGUGCUCGAGGCAGGAGGCGACCGACAACAAGCGGAACGAUCGCCCCAACGAAGCCCCAACCGGAUUUCGGAUUGCUGUCACGAAGUCAUCAAGAGAGGGGCCAGUCUCGCCUUAUCACAUCACGGCUCUCUCUCUCUCUCGCUGGCUCGCGCUCUCCGGCUUGAUGGAAGCCACGCCGAAUAAAAAAAAUUGCGCAUCACUUAACACAUCCCAACCACAGCAGAGCAUGCCCAUUCCAUACCAUAACAUACAAUACCAUACCAUCCAACCAGACCAGGGCAGCCUUUACGGUUGCUGCCGGCCAUCGUCAAAUUAUUCACACGCAGACGUUCUGAACGAUCGGACCAAAAGAAAGCAAUAUUAAUAUACAAGAAACAAGAGGAAAUAAAUUUGGAGACUAUACAAAUACAAAUCAAGAGGCACGAUUUUUUCUGUGCCAUCUGUGAAUUCCUACGCAAAAAAACACUUUCUUGUGAAAAAGGAAAAUCAUUUGUUUUUGUUUAAUGACAGAACUUCUUGUCACUCCCAAGGGUUCAAGUUCAAAUGGUGAAAUAAUAGCAAUGAUUUUUCUGUGCUGGUGAAUUGCAAACAAAAUUGUUAACAAAUAAAGAACUAUUCAAGGACAUUCAGGAAGGAUCCGAAAAGAAAACACUGAUCUAAGUUAAAAAAAAGUGUAUUAAAUAUUAAUUAGCUCGCCAAGUCAAUUGGAAAUCUGUGACAACUAUUCAUAAUGCAUUCACCAAGCGUAUAAGUCGUGUAACAAAAGUUAAUAAGCCCCAUUAAGUAUCUAAAGUGAUUCAAGAAGGCAGCAAAACGGCAAAAAUUAGUGAAUUCAGCUGCAGUUCUAUGAAUUUUGUAAGCCAGAAAACAUCACCCAUUGAGUUUUUAAUGCUGCCAAAGAGAUAGCAAUAGAUAGAACCCCAAAACGAGAGCCAGAAUUGCACGAGAAAGCAACCCGUUCAGAAUACAAGCCAAUACAAGCCAUUUUGAAGUUCCUCCCUCCAGUGCACGACGAUAAAGAGAGAAAACACUAAAUAUGGCCAAAUAUUUCAUUACCUUGGUGCUGCUGUUGUGCCUGGCCCUGGAAAACAAUAAUAUCUACAAUCGCCUGCACGCCCGGUCUCAUCCCAGCUCCCGCGGCGACAUCCUGCGCCCGCAUCCAAAGCACCAGCCCCACCAGCAUGUCCAGCACACUUCGCAGCAGCUGCAGCAACUGCAGCAGCACCACAUCCGACAACAGCGAUCCAGGGAACUGAAGCACGUGGAACAGGAUCCCACCAGCGAGGAGGAAGAUGCGAAGAGGCAGUACUACACGAGACUGAGGAGGCAUCAGCUCCAUCAGCGCGACCAUUUCCUGCAGCAGGAGAGGAGCUACAACCACCCAGCGCUGACGGAGCUGAAGAGCAUGCCCAUGGCUCGACUGUGGCAGCACCUGAGCAAGGGCUACGGGAAGGAGGCCCACUUGCAGCCCGCUAUCGUGGAUGAUGGCCUGCUGGACUAUUCGAACAUGUUCGGCGAUGAUUCAUUUACGGCGACCACUGCUCAAGUCUCUGAAGAGGAUUCGAACCUGAGUCCCUUGCUCUAUGUGAGGAAUGAACUUCUGGAUCAAGAGGUGGAGUUGAUGUCAAGCAUCAAGCAGACGCAGACGGAGCUGGAAAAGAGCCUGCAGCCAGAGCCAGCACCUGUAGUAGUGGCUGAAGCUGAGCCUGAACCGGAGCCAGAGACAGAGCCAUCUGUGCCCUCACACAAUGCAACCAUCUCGACAAAGUCCUCCGGAGGCUGUCCCAAGUGCGAGAGCAAUCGUCAGGUGGAGCACAUUACAGAAGAGGAGCUCACACAUCUGCGCAUCGAGUUUGUCAAGCAGCAGAUCCUGGAGAAACUGCGCCUCAAAGAGAGUCCAAACGUCUCCGCCGUGGAGCUGCCGAAGCCCAUAUUUGAGGGUGUGACGCUCACCCAUCCAGAUGAUAGCAGCAAAAACAAGGAGCUCGACGAUUACUAUGCCCGCACUAGCAAGAAGUUCAUACUGCUCAAUAGAGAGGAGACCGAGUGCAAUCGCCUGGGCGUGCAUCCCUCAAUGUGCUUCAGCUUCAAGAUAGAUGACGCCGAUGCCGACGGUUUCGAUGUUAGCACCGCUGUGCUGUGGCUCUUCAAGAAUAAGCAGAACCACACCAGCGACCCCAUCGAUAAUCCGCUGGUGAACAACACUAGGAAGCAGCAGACGAUUGUGGUUUCAGAGGUGGAGGAGCAGAUGGACUCCAAGUAUUUGCCGCUGGCCAAAGCCAUAGCCAUUCAGUCGGUGGAUGUCCAAGAUGAAUGGAUGAAGAUCGACAUCGAGUGGCCCAUCAAGCGCUGGAUUGGGAGUCACGAGCUGAGCCACCUGAUCCAGAUCACGUGCGAAUCGUGCGAUAUCAGCGACAUGGAGGAGAUCAUCUCGGUAGACAAGGACUAUCGACCGUUUAUAAUGAUCGACACCCAGAAUCGGCGCAGCAAGUCGCGGCAAAAGCGUAGUAUUAAUUGCUCCAGCGGUGUGACGGAGUGCUGCCGCGAGCAGCUCUACAUAUCCUUCAAGGACAUUGGCUGGAGCAACUGGAUCCUGCAGCCGGAGGGCUAUCACGCCUACUUCUGCCGCGGCUCCUGCAGCUCUCUGGCGAGCGUCACCCAGGCUGCCUCCCACCACAGUUCAUUGUUGAAAAUCCUGAACACAAAUGGUACAAACAAAUCCCUGGAGCUGGUGCCCUGCUGCACCGCCAAACAGUAUUCCUCGCUGCAGCUGGUUGUGAUGGACUCGAGCAAUACGGCCACUCUGAAGACUCUGCCGAAUAUGGUGGUGGAGUCAUGCGGCUGCAGAUAGUCGCCCCCAUGCACCAUGCACCAUGCUCCAGGCUAUGCUGGCAUCCAGCUAGCAAUCAAACAAGUUACAUAUCGGACAAAUUAGAUAUUACUCUCGCUCCAUUUCCACUCAGUUAGCAGUUGGCGCUCAACUCCAUUUCUCUUCAAUUAAUUUAAACUCAUUUUCAAUGCAUUUUCAUUAGCGUUAACCAAUUAAAUAGUAGUUAUUAGCAAUAGUGCCCAUACUGCCAUUAGUUUUAGUCGCAGCUAGGUCUUUAAAGAUAUUGUAUAGUAACUAAAGCUCGAGUCAAUGUACUUAAGCUCUCGAAGUAUGGCGAACUCUAUUUUAGUUUAGUUAGGAAAUGGCUCCAAUAAAUUACAAGACAUAAUUAAGUUCGUGCUUAUUUUAAUAGUCGUUUAAGAUUAGUUUUUAGUGAUUGCGAGAAAACACAUCAAGAAAAGUGGAAAAAUAAAACAUUUUGAAAAAUAA